GUUCAUUCACGUCCGUACAUGUUUUAAAAUAUGAAUUUUACUAUAUUGUAGCAAGAAACAAAUCAUUUUCGAACUGAACUCAACUUUAAAUUAAGAAGAAUAGUCUGCAAGCUGAUGAAUGAGACAUGCAGUUGAGGUGAUGAGGGAUGUUGUCCAUGAAGCGCUGGUGGAAACAUGAUAGCUAAGUACUGAGGACCGAGUGAAACAAUGAAUCCGGUAGACGCAAAGGCUAAUUAUUCAAGAGUAUGUCAACUAUUGGUAAACAAAGGUAGCGUUGCUUUGAGGAAUGUUUUGCAUUCAAAACAUCCGCCUUCUACACUAGCUUCUGUGUUAAAUACUAACAAACCGGCUUUGACGAAGCUACGAUACAGAGUCAUCAAAAAUCCGCAAUGGGAUUUACUCUUUCCAACUUCUGGUGCACCAGAUUCAACCAACUUCGAUAUAACAUUAUUGACAAUUUUACUGCGAAAUGUUUGUCGACUCUCUCCCCCAACAGCUGGAUGGGACGUUUUUCCUGCAGGAAGUGAUGUCUCGGUAUCUGCAGAUAUUGUGAGGAUGAAAAUGUUCAGAAAUGAUAUCUACGGUCAUAUCGCAAGCGCUCAAUUUGACGACACCCGAUUUCGCGCAUUGUGGCAGGAUAUUUCAAAACCUUUGUUACGGUUGGGGAUUUCACAAAACGAUAUUGAUGAAUUGAAAGAUUGCCCUCUUAGUCUCGAAGAAGAGAUUUAUAUUGAAGAAUUAAAAAAAUGGAAAGAACUUGACGAUGAUGUUUUGUUGAAAAUGAGGGAUUUGGAGGGGAAAAUGGAUACGUUGAAAGGAAAUGUGGAAAAUGUUGAAGACAAAGUAGACCGCGUGGAAGAGAAAGUUGAUAUUGUAGAAGAGAAGUUGGACAAUGUUGAAGUGAAAGUGGUUAACGUAGACCAUAAAGUUGUCGCGCUAGGAAAAGUUAUUGAAAAUGCUACACCGUCGCAAGUCGACAGAUUAGCAAGGUUUGAUUUCACUGGAAAGAUUAACAGCCUUUGCCAAAAAUUCUAUGAUGGCACUAGACAAUGGUUAUUUGACGAGUUAUAUCAAUCGUUCCUUAUUAACGAGUCUCAAGUUGUUAUCCUCACUGCAUCUCCUGGAUUUGGAAAGAGUGUUCUAUUGGCAAAAAUCUGUGAGAUGUAUAAACAAAGUGAUCAACUCGCCGCCAGCCAUUUCUGUGACUUCAGAAAUUCUGAUUCCAGUAAUCCUCACAAGAUUCUCCAGUCACUCGCCAGUCAAAUGUGCGAAAAUGUUGAAGGCUUCAGGGAAAAACUGGCGGAAGUUCUUCGUCGUGAACAUUCUAGCGAAACUCUGGCAGAUGCAUUUCGUGUCCUGUUAAACGAUCCACUACAGGCUCUUUCGCAAAAUGAGGAAAUGUUCAUCGUUGUUGAUGCUUUGGACGAGAGCAAAACCGAUGCAAAAAAUGAAUUUUUGGAGUUAAUAUCGGAGAAAUUUUCCGAAUUGCCAAAGUGGAUUAAGAUAUUAAUUUCAAGUAGACCGGAGGGAAAAAUACGAAAGAAUGUUCCAGAUAAUAAUCCAUCUGAAAACUAUUUGACGCAUUUAGAAAUCUAUCCAAAUCAUCCACAGCACCGUCUUGACUUGAUGCAUUUUAUUCAGAAAAGUUUGCCAACUCUUCAAAAGGAUAAGCUUAAGUUACUUGCUGACAUAUGUCAGGGUUCAUUUCUGUACGCAUAUUUUGUAUUGAGGGAAAAUUUGGGUGAAGGAAUUGAUCCCACUGCCCCCAAAGGUAUCUCCGGAUUUUAUGAUAAGCAGUUCAAACGUUUAAGAACAGGUCUCCGACGAUUUAAGCCAAAUGCCUGGUCAUCUAUCUUAAAGAGUUUUAUAAAUGUUAUUGCAACUUCAAGGGAGCCCCUUCCAAUUAGGAUGUUUUUCUUAUGCAUAGGUGUAUCUGAAGAAGAGUAUGAAACACGCGAGAUUAUUUUCGACGUAAUGUCUGAAAUUCUUCCAGUUUACGAUGGUUCCCUUACUGUGUAUCAUAAGUCAUUAUGGGACUGGCUCGCGUUAGAUGGGUACGAAGAGCAUGCUUUUGUCGCAGAUAUAGCAGAUGGCAAUAAACGUCUCUGGUGUGCUUGUAAACGUGUAUACAGUGAAAUACAAUCAUUAAAGUCUGUGUCAGAUGUUAAAAUGACCCCUGCGGUAAUGUACUCUUUGAAAUACGGUGCAAACUAUUUACUGACUUACCCUGAUGAUAUUGACGAUAUUCACUGGCUGGUGAGUGUAAGGAUAAAUUAUUUAAAAAUCAAAUUCUGUACCGAUGAUUUGAUUUUAAAGCUCGAUUUUCGUGGUAUUGUGGAGGUCUAUAAAUCAAAAUCGCCCGACUUUUCCGAUGAUCUAUUUCGAGGAAUUAUUCAACUCCAUUCCUUCGCUAAAAGGGUUGCGGAUCUUAAAACCAAUGGAAUUUUUUUACAUACAACUUUUAGGCUAACUUCACAAAAAGCUUCUCUUAUUGUUUAUUUGCAAUUUUUAGCAAGUGAAUACUCUGAUGUUCAAAGUAAUAGCAGCCCUCGUUGUAAAUCCGAAACUAUAGAUAUUUUAAAUGAGACCACAGAGGUUUGGGUAGAGCCAUUGAAAAACAGAAUUAAUUCCAGCUUUGAAGUAGUUUCCCAUACGAUUAUGAGAAAUCCCGGGGGUCUUUUAAUGAAUACCUGUAUUAUGGAAUUGUCACCAGACGAAAAAUUGCUUGCAGUUGUAGUUGACUAUCAAGUGCAAGUUUUCAAAUUACCUCGUCUCGAAAUUUAUUUAAAGGUAAAACUUGCUGCCGUGCGUUCUUUGCCUAGAUUUGUUAAGUUUUCUCCAGAUUCUUCUUUCAUUUUAUGUGAUUCUGUCAGGUCUUGUGUUUCCUUUAAAGAACAAAAAGAAGUGCCAUUUUUUCCUGAUGGGCCUAAGGAAUGUUUGUAUUGUUCAUUUUCCUCAUGUGGAACAAAACUCGUUUCAUCUGAACAGAAUUAUAUUAAAAUGUGGGAUGUAGAAAGGAAAACUUUGUUAGUAGAAGUUCAGACUAAGGUUGACAUAGAGUAUUGCUUCUUUACUAAUUGCGGUUCGUUUAUUCUUGCUCGACCAUGGGACGAUGCAUUCAAUGUUGAGACGCUCAUGAAUUUUAACGAUUUUGUUGUCUUGCAAUCUGUCACGUUAGAAAAGAUGAAUAACAUUUCUGAAAUUUGUGUUAGCCGUUGCUUGACACACGAAAGUUGUUAUCAAUUGUUUGCGCCCCUUCCAAGGGGUUUUAGUCUGUUGAAUAAAACAUUUCGAAUUUGUCAUUUUCACUUGCCGACUGGUGAGAUAGUUCUUAUUGCUAAUAAACAUUGUACAGACCCCUUUGUAUGGAAGGAGAAAAGUUGUGUUGCAUUCUCAAAUUCCUUCCCUAGUUCCUCGGAGUUACUAGUGUAUGACUAUGUAAAUGAAGAAAUCAUUGAGUUGUUUCAUAUUGACCUUUUUCCAGGUGGCACGUCUAUUGGUUACAUGUUCAAAAUCGCUGAGGUAAAUUUCCUUGUUCAAUUAAAUUCAAGAGAUAUAUUUAUUUUGUCGUUGAAACCUUCUACAAAAUCUUCCACAUUUACUUUUGUCGAAAUGCCAGAACUCAAAUGUUGCGCAAUAUCUCCAACUAAACUGCAUUUAGCCCGCUGUUACCAGAAUUGUGUUGUGGAAAUCACAAGUAUCGAUAGUAGAAAAAUUUUACAGACUGUUGCCCUGAAACAACAACCGGAGGCUUGCUGGUGGUCUCAGUCGUAUUUUUGGGUAGUUUGUAGGUGUUUUGUGGUCAAAUUCCCUUGCGAGUGGGCCAAAACUAAAGUCUUGGGAUAUGAAAAAGAAGAAUUUGUUAUAGAAUAUGAUAAAGUUCUUAAAUUUGAUCAAGGUGUUCUCGUCAUACGACUUCCUGGGAAUGUAAAAAUUUCCAUUCUAAAACUCGUUAACGAAAAUCUUUGUCGCCAAGAAAUACCUGACUCACAUUUUGAUGCUUCUUCAGUGGCAAUAAGUUCAGAUGGGUGUGCAGUUCUGUUGUAUCGAGAAUCCAGCUCAGAUUAUCAAGUGUGGGAAAAAACAGGAAUCGAUGGGAAUAGAUGGAAGUUACUCUCAAAUGGUAAAUUUGAAAAUUUCUAUGCAAUAAAAUGGUUCUGUUUAACUGGAAAUGAGGGUUCUCGAAGUUCUUUAUGGCUAAUGUAUAUUUCUUCAUCGGACUUUCAAGAUAACUUAUAUGAACAACUUCGUUUAUCUUGUAUUGAUUUCCCAACUAAAAAGAUUGCUCGUUUGCUUGACAUUCCUCUGCCAAUUUUCGUCGGUGACAACGAUGUCAUGUAUGUUGAUACAAACUUUCUUGCUAUUAUUUAUGGUAGAUUUUUAUAUUACAUUGAUGUAUUUAAGGGUGCUAUUAUUGCUGAAUUUUUCGUAGGAGGGACUGGUCCACGUAGGUCUCACUUUUACCUUUCUUCGCGAGGUAUACUUCUCUCGGUUGGUAAUAAUGACAUUAAAUAUUUCAAGAUACAUAAUAUUGAAAGGUUGGUGGAGUUGUCGAAGGAAAUUAGGUUGAAAUCCUUACCAGAAAUUUUGAAGAGUUUGCCAGUUUUAUGAACAAAGUAAUUAAGAAUACCAGUUAUACAUAUUAUAGUGAUUAUAAGGACUAGAUUAUAAGGACAGUAUUGGUUUAAAUUUACAUCAAGCUAUUAUUUGGAUUUCAUUUAAACUCGUAUCAAUAGCAUGCAAUAACUUUAUAAUCUAUAAAUAAUAAUCAAAAUUACUGCCAUUGAGCCCUAAUUUUUCAUGACAUGCACAGCCGCUAAAGUUGGGAAAACUAAUAAUGACUGUUAUCUUAAUUGAUCGUCUUAAUAACGUAAGGCCCUGUUAAACGGUGCAAUUUUUCUUCCAACUUGCAAUGCAGUUGUUCUUUUUAGAGAUGUAGCCAAAUUUGGCAACUACCGAACUUUUGUCUUUAUUACACUCCUUGGCGCUUCUUAGACUAACAUUUUAAAGACUCUUCGCUAAUUUACAUCUCUUAAAAGUAGAAUUGCAUUGCAAGUUGCAAGGUUGCACCGUGUAACAUGGCCUUUAAGUUGCAAAUAUUUAAACAUGUUGAAGCAUCAAGGGGGCAUGCAUAAAUUAUGCAGUAUUAACGUCUGACCUAAUGUGUUCGUGCUUCGCGCCUAAUUUCUUUACCACAAGUUGAGGGUUUAUUUAGAGGCUUCAAUCGUUUUCAAUGCAAUGUGGUGACCUGUUUCAGAAAGCAUGCUCGUUUGAACAAUGUUAACGAAAAAGAUCCUUAAAAAUAAAAGCAAAUUUUGAGGAUUUAAUUUUCAAAAACCUUUACUAAGUAACUUUUUACUUUACUACAAAAGAAACGUGUUUAUCGUUGAAUGCGGUGAAAAUUGAUUUUUAUUGUCAAAAUUAUUCUCGUUUAUUUACACUUGUGCUUGCCAAAUAUUAAUCACCUUAAAAAUAAAGCUUUAAUAAAACUAUUUGGAACAAACAAUUCCGUACAGCUUAAACUAUAGAAAUGCUAAAUUUUAUUAUAUGGGUGUCGGGAAUGGUGUUAAUUGAACUAUUCAUUAUUAAAAAAAUGCAUGUGAUAAUAAUUAUGCAGUGUGUUAUGUGUUCCUAACUGUAUAGUCCAUUAGCGGUUCAGGUUUAGGCAGAAUAAAUUACAUGGCUUUAUUUUAAGUUCAAAGAACAUUAUUAAUAACGCGGUAUUGGUAACUGAUUUUUAAAACAACAGUUUAAAAAAAAUUUACCAUGGUAAACAAGACGCCGACUGAGCAUUAAACUCGAGUCGUUAGAAUACUGUUACGUGGCAAAAAAACUCGCGAGACUUAAGGUAAUUAUUCUGCCUUACCCUGGGUCCGCCAGUGAUAAAUGGCUGUCCGUGUCAAAAAAAAACAAGGUGUCCUACAACUCGGAUCUUGCCAGCUACAUUAUCUCUAAUGAAUGUUUUUGUGAUUAAGCGUAGUUUUUGUGUAGUCGUUGUUGUCUAGAACGCAGACCAAAAUAGCCAAUGUAAUACAGUAUCAGUUAGAUUUAAUUCAGUUAAAAGCGUAAUAGGUCCAAAGCAAUUCACAUCGAAAAAAAUAGUUGUGAAAUAAAUAGAAAAUUAAACAUGAUCCUUAUUUUCACAUGAAACAGGUUCAUUUAUGCUGAUAUAUGAUGAUAUCACAUUUAUGCAGUUCAGUGAAGUGUAAUAAAACCUGGAACGAUAAAUCAUAUAGUUCAGCUGCAUGGGGCCGGUUGUUGAAAGCUAUAGGUUAGCGCUAACCCUGGGUUAAAUUAUAUUCAAGAGUUUUAGUUAUGUGCUUCUGAAGCACUGUUCGUUUUAAAACGUUUUGAAAAUGUUAUUUCUA